CUCCCCUCCCCCGUGUGUGCGUGUCGGUCCGUCUAGGGAUGGAUGGGGUGGGAUGGGGUCGGUCACGAGUGAGUGAGUCGGUCACUUGCGUUUGAGUUCUGUGACGACGUUGUCGUAAGCGAGUUCUGAGACGUCGUUGGCCUGGAUCUCCUUGGCGAGUCCCUCGAGCUUCUUCUUGAGGAUGUCCUUGGACGACGCGUACACCAUCUUGGGCUUCACCUUGGCCGUGUCCGGCGCCCAGAAGAAAAACACCAACUUGGACUGGGGCCGCCCGUCGUCAGUGUCGUACGGCACGUCUGAACAAACCCAACGCCCACAACACACAGACAGACAGCAAACCAAGUCAUGACAGCGACGCACACAUUUCUCUCUCAUAAGCCCACAUGCAUCUCUGCCCCUGCACUGCCUGUGUGUGCGUGUGUGUGCCCCGUCCCGCCCCGCCUGGAGUGCGUGCCGUGGUUACCGACGACAGCGUAUCGUGGUUCCUCCUCCGGUAGCUCCUUGAGGAAGUCAUCGUAGGUCUUGGACUUGUCGGCCUGCUUCUCGAUCUCGAUGGUCUUGUUGUCCUUGAUGCUGUAGAUGAUGUACCGGUGGUUGUGCUUGAGCUUCAUGUUGUUGUACGUCGUCACACAGUCGUCCACCGUCUGCACGCCCAACAUGGCUGGCUGCUGAUCAG